GAGGUACAGUAAACAGUAACGGCUAGCUGUUUAGCUAGCAGUUUGGAAAUAACGUCAGUUAAUGUCGUUGUCGACCUUGGAUUUCACUUCAACAGAAGCGACCCUAAAAUCAUGAAGUACGACAAAAAACGAUAAACAUAGUGGCUUCUUUCUGAUUUCCAUUUAUUCUUGCACACUGUCAUCCCUCCUUCUGGAUGUGGUGAUAAUAGCGGGUCCAUGGAGAGCGCUGUAAAUGGCUGAGGAGCUGUGUACUGGCUGGUUUCGCAUCGUUGCGGGGACAGCAGGCUCCUUGGAGAUAGAGGAAUGCAAAUCUGCAACCAUGAUGGAAGGAUUGAAAAAACGCACCAGGAAGGCCUUUGGGAUACGGAAGAAAGAGAAAGACAAUGACUCUACGGGGUCUCCAGACAGAGACGGGAGUGAACCUCAAGAGCUUGAAUCGAAGAAAACCAAUGGGGCACCUAAUGGUUUCUAUGGAGAUAUUGACUGGGAGAGAUAUAACUCUCCUGAGGUGGAUGAUGAGGGCUACAGCAUCAGGCCUGAAGAAGAGUCAGACGAGGGAGCUACCACCAAAAAGUCCCACUUUUUCUCCUCUGAUGAGUCGGAAGAAGAGGAGGACAACAGGAAAAAAUUCAAAAUCAAGAUAAAGCCCUUGCCAGCUGAUUGUGUGGUGCUGGAGCCCUCAGUUGACGAGCUCAAGGCCUCCAUAGGAAACAUAGCUCUGUCCCCAUCUCCUCUGAGACGCAGCCCGGGUUUGCGAAGGAACACCUCCAGUGAGGAGAUUGCCAGACCAAGACGAAUCGUCCCUUCUGUGCCCACUGUGGCUCCCACACCAGCACCAGCACCACCACCACAGCCCCCCAGAGGUCAACAAACACCAGUCCCUGAAGACACCACAGCCUUAUUUGGGCCUCCUUUGGAAACUGCCUUCGGAGAACAGAAAACUGAAGUGGUUCUAUCAGAGUCUGACGUGUGGGGAACCGCUGUGUCAGACACUGAAUCCUCUUUGACCAGAUCCUUUCCCACAGGAACUCCACCUCCACUUCCACCCAAGAAUGUCCCAACCUCUCCUCCCACAACUGGCCCUCCCCCCAUAGGUGGAGAGGUGUCAUCAGAAGCAGACAGCUCCAGCAGGAAGGCUUCCAUAGCAGACUUGGACAAUAUUUUCGGACCUGAGCAGGCUUCCUCUACUGGCGAGGAUGCCGGAGACACGUGGGUCUGCUUCAGCGAAGAAUCUGCUGCUGGCUCGUCUGUACCAAAGGACGCUGCAAGUCCACUCCUCUCCUCCCCGCCUCCCCCCGAGGCACCAGCACCUCCGUUACCAACCUCCCCACCCCCAGCUGAACCACUCGCCCCUCCCUUACCUACAUCACCACCUCCAUCAGAAGACUUUGCACCCCCUCUACCAACCUCCCCGCCUCCCUCAGCGGAGCCCACUGCACCUCCUGUUCGCUCAGGUCCACCUACGCCAGAAGACCAAAAUCCUCCAAAAACCACCUCUCCACCUCCCGUGCUACAGAAAAUGGUUGCAUCUCCUCCUUCCUCUCCUCCUACAGUGAAUUCACCCACCAGCGCCCCUCCAGCUUCUGCUCCCAAAGCAGGCACCCCCCCAAUUGUGACUUCUCCUGAAGAAGUUACACGCACCAUCCCCCCACCCCUUGUUGUGUCUAAGGAUGAGCAGCCCAUGAAUACGGACAACAGCCAAUCCAAAGAGGCUGGAGGUGAGGCUGUCAUCUCGCCCAAAGAUGCUGUUCAGGGGAGCCGGAGUUCAGCACCUCGUCCUCCUCCUCCCCCAACGUACCGUGCCGUAGUUUCAUCACCAGACCCCACGUCUGGAUCUGGUGGUCCGAAUAGCGGCGCCUCCUCACCGGUUCGACCUUCCACGCCUUCCUCGGUCAACCCCACCCCACCACCACCUCCACCUCGCCCUCCUUCACGACCCAAACUUCCUCCAGGAAAACCCAGUAUAGAUGCGAAUCGUCCGUUCAGCCCACCGGUCCACUCAGACAGCCCCCCUCCCAUCGCCCCGUUGGCGCGGGCCGAGAGCACCUCCUCCAUCUCCUCCACAAACUCUCUGAGUGCCACCACCACCCCCACCGUCAACAAAGAGCUCUCCGUGUCGGUGACAGAGAAUGACCAGCCAUCCCUUGUAUGGUUUGACAGAGGGAAGUUUUAUUUAACCUUUGAAGGCUGCUCCAGGGGGCCCAGCCCUCUCACAAUGGGGGCGCAGGACACUCUCCCUGUGGCCGCUGCGUUCACAGAGACCGUCAACGCCUUCUUUAAAGGAGCCGAUCCCAGCAAGUGUGUUGUGAAAAUUAUAGGUGAGAUGGUUUUGUCGUUUCCGGCGGGAAUCACGCGGCACUUUGCCAAUAACCCGUCCCCCGCCGUGCUAACCUUCAGCAUAACCAACUACAGUCGACUGGAGCAUGUGCUGCCUAACCCCCAGCUCCUCUGCUGCGACACCACCACACAAGCCAAGGCAGAUGCCAAGGACUUCUGGGUGAACAUGCCAAACCUGAUAUCCCACCUAAAGAAGGUGGCGGAGCAGAAGCCACAGGCGACGUACUACAACGUGGACAUGCUCAAGUAUCAGGUAUCGACACAGGGCCUCCAGUCCACUCCACUGAACCUGGCGGUGAGCUGGAGGUGUGAGCCCACCAGCACUGACCUUAGGAUAGACUAUAAAUACAACGGCGAGGCCAUGUCAACGCCUAUGGCCCUCAACAACGUCCAGUUCCUCGUUCCUGUCGACGGAGGGGUUUCAAAGCUACAGGCCGUCUUGCCUCCUGCUGCGUGGAAUUCUGAGCAGCCAAGAAUCCUAUGGAAAAUUCCUGAUAUCUCACAGAAGUCUGAAAAUGGAGGUGUGGGCUCGUUGUUGGCCCGCUUCCAGCUAACAGACGGCCCAAGUAAACCAGCUCCACUGGCGGUGCAGUUCACCAGUGAGGGCAGCACCCUGUCAGGCUGCGACAUUGAACUGGCCGGCCCUGGGUACCGCUUCUCCCUCGUCAAGAAGAGGUUUGCCGCAGGAAAAUACCUGGCUGACAACUAAGCCAAACCACUGGGAGCAGAACUGAACAACGCGAGUGCAGCGAGCUGUGGUUGACACAGAGGACAGACAGAACCCGGACAGAUGUUCCAGCACCCCUUUCUGAACCACUCAACAGGUUUGCAGCCUACCCAGCAGUAUUGUAUAACUUGCAUAUAGCAUUGUGGAACUGUUUUCAGUCAUGUAAUUACUGUAUUUGUAUUCAUUUCACAUCCGUAUUGCUGCAGUUAGAUACCUGGGUUCCUCGCUCCUCUACAGUCUGUGCCUCUGUCUCUUUCCUCCUCUGGUCAAUGUGUGGUGGUGUUUUUAAAAGCUUCACUGCAGCUGCCUGACUGAACGUGGCGGUCCGGAGAAAUAUGGCUGUAAAACAAGGUCCUUAGAGUCACAUACACACUUUGAGCACUGAUGCAUCUAAUUAUAGACAAUGGGACAAUACAACCAAACACCUUCAAUCGCAUAUUUAACAGGACUCUGGAAGCCUGAGACGGCUGUUCUCACUGUCGCCAUGGCAGCAGCCGUCUCGUGGCUUUUUCCUGUACUGGACCUUUUAGCGUCAGUGUGAUUUUUACAUACAGAUGCACAUAGCGCAGGGCUUUCAUUGGCUAAAACACCACAUUAAGUAAAAAACAGUCACUCUUAACCUACUGGUACUACAGGGUCACGCGACUUUGUCUCACAUCCAUUACUUCUUAUUUUAAACGCACUGAUCAAAUCAAUCUGUUUUCUCUGGAAUACACGCAGAGGUUUUUAAACCUGUUAGGCAGCUGCAAUGAUGAAUCAACUUACUGGUUGCAAAAUAAGAAAAAUAUGUUUUCCUGUCAGAACAAAAAAGAGUGUACAAAGUGUCAUUUAAAAUCAGUAAUAUAUAUCUUAAAGGGCGUUUGUUGUUCUCCUCGUAUUGUCAGAUAGCCUCUGCUGUUCCCAGGACAGUAGUGUUAGACUCCAGAGUACACAACAGCAUUCUAUUUUUAUUUAUUGAUGACGAUGACUUGUUGUAUAAAACGUGAUUCUGUAUAUGAAUAGGAUUUGAAUGGUAUCACUCAACUCUGAAUCCUUGAAGGUAUAAAUAUUUGAAUUCUCUCUCUCUCUUUUGUUAUCUGUGUAGUUGGGUAACCUGUGUACAGUAUAAGGUCUAACUUUUUGAAUUUAUUUCAGAUAUAAUUUUUUAACUCAAGUGGAGCAGAAGAUUUGAGCUAUAUAUGGGUGGGUGGGGGUAAUUUAAAGAAGAAUAUAAAUAUCUUCCUGUAUUCUGUUAUGCUUUAUGAAAGCAGUGUUAAUGUAGAUCAGUCAUACCACGGGUGAUGAAGGAGCAGGGCGGCGUCUGGGGAAACGUGCUGCCCUUUCCUGUCUGGCUGAGCUGAGAAUUAAGACAGUUAGCGCUAAGUAGAAGCUAAGAUGCAGCAUCUUGGUCUAGUUCUCGAGGAGGAAGCAGCGCAGCGUGUUUCCCGUAGGUGUGGAAACUGCUGUACCACUACUGAGACUGAAACCACGACUUGUUUACUGGGAUCAGCUUGUUUUGUUUUGUGUUGUCGUUGUUGUUGUUUUUUUUUAAACCCCCUUCUGGGAAACAGACAGUCACACUGAGACGACACAGCUUUGCCCCUUUGUUUGUCAUCAGGCAGCUUCGCGCCUGUUUCCAUCCUCUUCAGUGGUAUCUACAUUCCGUGAAUAUAUCAUGAGCACAUCCCUGGGUAUCCGACCGGCGCUCGAGUCCAUGGCUUUACUUUGCAUAACUGUAACGGUCUCUGUGAGAUGACAUGAGUUGAACGAGCAUGUGAAGCAAGGUUAAGUUGACCAAAAUGCUUAUUUUUCUUUUAGCUUUUGUUUUUUGUAUUUCCUGUGUGUACCCUAGGACGCUCUGUCCUCCAUGAAGAAAAAUAAGCUGAAUAUUUUUAAAAUGGAUAAAAAUGAAGAAUACUAUAUUGUUUAAUGUGGAAAAAAACACUGUGCUGAUGAUGUUGAACUUCCCGAAUGCUCUGACACUCAACAUGAGGAACAAGAAGCAUGUGUGUGUGAAGUGUAGCUGAGGAUCUUUGUACUGUACUGCCUUCAUUCUGCUUAAUGCAACCAAUCACUGAAUCAGCCUCAGCUGAUCUUACAACACUGCUACUUCCUAAUACUAUAAUAAUAUAGGACCUUUAGGACCACAUCACCACUAAACCGCUGUGAUGUGGCUCAUGCUGAAAUUAAAACCUUGUCUAAGAGAGCACUGAGUUGGUGCCACUUGGCCUCUGCUAAUGCAUUAGUGUGAUCACAUUUUUUAUUUCUUAGUUAAUCUUAAAACCAUCCGUGCAACAGACACAACAGCAUUAUCUCCAGAGGUGCAGAAGACGCUCCACCCCAUUAUCUAUGAAAGACGGAACAAAAGUCUAAUUGGAAGGAAAUCAAACAUGCGCUUCCUCUCAGUGCUGAGCGUGUCAUUGUUGCAUGCAGUCACAGGUUGUGCAGCUACGCCGUGCGACGCGUUGUUGAGUGUCUGUUGCCUGUGUUGGUGUCGAGCAGAGAGCGGGGAGUGUGUCUGUGUGUGCUCUAAGCCAGGAUGCUUCCUGGUUCUGUACCGUUAACCUCAAACACGUGUGCAAGCUGAUUGUACAGUACAUAACAACGCUAAGAUGAACUGAGAACUUUAGUUUGCUUCUUUCCAAAACAAAUAAAAGUUAUAACUGGA